UGGAGAGUUUUAGCGCGCUCGAGAGGGAGGGCGUUCCUGGGGAGCGCGCUGAGGUACUGGGGACGCGCCCGAGAGUGCCAGCUCGGAGCCGCGAAAGGGGGUAAACUGCGCGGCACGCGAGUGGAAGCUCUGUUAAUCUGCCCGCCCGCGCCGUUUCUGUCACAAGCAUCUGUGCGAAAUAUCCCACUCCCUGCUGAUGAGCCGAUAAACUAGGACACGCAGAGGGUGUCUUUAUCCCAAUUCACGGUGCCACUGCCAGCUCGUGUAGCCCGGUGGAGUCGUGGAAAGCCCUGCGGAAAUCUACACGGAGCCUCUUGGACACAGAAAAAAGGAACUACUCAGUCCAGCCAAAUAACUUUAAGAGGAAGAGAACAUUUUUUUCAAAGAAGACAAGGGCACUUGUUCAAUAUCGGACGGAUUUUCAAAUCUUUCCGUGGGGUUGAUGAACGGAACAUAUUGUAUAUUUUUUCUGGCGUUUAAUAGCAUUGCUUGGAUUAUCCUCAUGCUUUCAACGAGUAGUUUUUUCCAGUUGUUUCUUCUAGCCACUUGAUUUUCUUCAAGGGGCUUGCUUUUCUGCUCACAAAUUAGUGUGGAAUCUAUAGGGGACGCGGAUUUGAAACGACCGUUGCGUCUCCGGGGGGAACAGGCAAAGGCCCGGAGCCCCGAAAAAUUAAGCUUUGUGUCGAAGAAGUUUUUUUCCGAGUGCGUAUGAGAUCACAAUGUGUGUGGUGAUAGUGUCCCCGCUGCCGUCCGUAGACCAGUAGCCACUGUGGUCCCGAAGUAGUUGAGCCUCUCCCUCUUUCCCUCUCUCUCUCCCUCCCACCCCGCUUUUAGCGAACGGUUUUCUUCUCUUAUCUAUGGAGCAAAUAACAGGGAAAUAACAUCGAGACUUUCUUUUCUCUCCCUCGCCUGUGACACAACAGGCGUCAGUGAUUUUUUCGUGUACCGGAGAAUGGUCAUUGACCGAUGGGAGAUCAUGAACAGCUCUUCGGAACUCGAAGAUGGACAGCGGCAUAAAAAUCAGACAUUCUGUGAAUGUGUGCCCAGCUCCUCUCAGCUCAAACACCGUUGGUCAGAUUCAGACACGGUCAGACAGACCACACCCAAGAGGAUGAGCUGCAGCUACCUCCUCUGCACCAUCCUCCUCUUCGUCGCCGUGCUGCUCGCUGUCACGGUAACGGGCACCAUCCUCUUCAUGAACCACUACCAGGCCCCGCCUCUCUCUGACGGCCCGCCCCCCAUCAGCACCAAUCAGGACGAGUCCAACGCCCUGGUCACGGUCGAGCGUGGCGACGGCUCGCGCAUCAACAUCUUCAUCGACCCCAACUGCCCCGACUACAACUCCAACUUCAUGCGGCUGGAGGGUGUGCAGACGUCACUGCUGCACUCGUUGACGGACCACGACUCCGACCUGAAGUCGGUCAAGGGCCAGGACCGCGCGCUGCUGGUCAACCUGGCGGAGGAGGUGGCCAAGUUGUCGGCGCACGCCGGGCAGCUGAAGAUGGACUACGAGGCCCUGAGGAGAGGACAGGGCAGUCUGGGGCAGGAGCUGAGCACGCUACAGAGCGAACAGGGCAGACUCAUACAGCUCCUCUCUGAGAGCCAGGUGAACAUGGUGAAGGUGGUGAACUCUGUGAGCGACGCACUCAACUCCAUGCAGAAGGAGACGGGCGGUCUGAAGGCGCGCGUCAAAGCCGACCUGCAGAGGGCGCCGGUGAGGGGGACACGCCUCAAAGGCUGCGCCAAUGGUUCUCGUCCUCGUGACUGCAGUGAUAUCUUCUCCAGUGGUCAGCGGGAAGAUGGCAUCUACUCCGUGUUUCCCACACACUACCCCGCAGGGUUUCAGGUCUACUGCGAUAUGACCACCGACGGAGGCGGAUGGACUGUGAUCCAGAGGAGGGAAGAUGGCUCAGUGAACUUCUUCAGAGAGUGGGAGUCCUACCGGGAGGGCUUCGGCAAAAUCACUGGAGAACACUGGCUCGGUUUGAAGCAGAUGCACGCUCUGUCUAUCCAAGGGAACUAUGAGCUGCGGAUCGACCUGGAGGACUUUGAGAACAGCACAGCCUUCGCUCAGUACGCCACCUUCGGCGUAGGGCUGUUCUCUGUCAACCCUGAUGAUGACGGUUAUCCACUCACCGUCGCUGACUACUCCGGAACUGCAGGUGACUCUCUGCUCAAACACAACGGCAUGAAGUUCACUACCAAGGACGUGGACAACGACCACUCGGAGAACAACUGCGCGUCCUUCUACCAGGGCGCCUGGUGGUACCGCAACUGCCACACGUCCAACCUGAACGGCCAGUACCUGCGCGGGCAGCACACCUCCUACGCCGACGGCAUCGAGUGGUCCUCCUGGACCGGCUGGCAGUACUCGCUCAAGUUCUCCGAGAUGAAGAUCCGGCCCACACGGGACGACAGCAAAUGAGGAGGAGGAAGAUGAG